AUAUCACUGCAUAAUCUUCUGCUUGUUAGUAUGCAUGUUUUGGUAGAAACUAGAAUAAGUGGGAAAAGGAAAAACUUUCAUUGCGAGAUCUUGUUCGCUGUCGGGAGGAAUAAAAUCAUCAUACCUAAAAACAAGAGAAAAAAAAGAAGAGAGAAGGGCCAUCUUUCACUCUCUCCAUCUUAAAAUUUCUGCUCCAAGAACCCAAAAUCCUGGUAAAAGAAGAAAAGCCCGCAUUUUUGGUUGAGUUUAUAAAGCUAAUUGCUUUUCAACAGUGAACAGGAAGUAAAAGAAAUUUGUACUCAAUUGUUUUCUUGUUUCAAGACUCGGCAUCUAGCUAAUCUUUCAGUUGCUCGAUGAGGAAUUAAUUACCGGGUUUGGAAGGCCAGAUUCGUUAAUAUCAUGAGCAUGGAUAAAGUAUCCCCUGAUUGUCCAUACCCUGGAUGCUUCUUCUGUGUAAUGAAAGAAGGGAAUCCAAGCAAGCGCAGAGCAAGUUUAUUGAAAUUCUUCAGGGAACUUCCUUCACAGGAUGAUGAUGGUCAGGUCCUUCCUAUUAGUGGCCUUUGGAACACUGCCAUGGCGCAUCCUAAUGAUCCCGAGUUCAUUGAGUUGGGAAUUUUUGAAUGCAUGGCAGCACUUAUCUGGAAGGGCUUAAAGAACCGUCGCUGGUUAUCUCAUGACCAGAACAUUUAUAUCCCUUACUAUGCAGCGCAUAUAAUUGGAUCGUACACUAUGAAUAUGGAAGAAUUUGCUGAAAUGGCUGUGCAUGCUGGGGUUAUUCCAGCUUUGGUUGAACUUCUGAGAGGGAGGUUAACAUGGGUUGAACAAAGAGUGGCCGUACGAGCUUUAGGUCACUUAGCUACAUAUGCUGCCACUUUUCCUGCCGUCGGUAGCCAUGGAGAGAUAUUGGAGCUCUCGAUGCAGCUGGCAAUGAGUUCCCUGGAAAUUGUUUACACUCACUUUUACCAGUAUGUCGACAGGAGGCUUAGUUAUCACUGUGAUCUUCUCACACGUGGUAUGGGUGGUGUUGAAAUGGAGUCGAGGAAGGCGGAAGAAUGGGCUAGUCAGCUGCAGUGCUGGUCUCUUCAGCUAAUCAAUUGCUUUGCUUUCAAACCUGAAUUUCUUCCCACUAUAUGCAAACCGGAAUUUUUGGUAAAGCUUCCAGGCAUGUGGGGUGGACUUGUUAAUGAAAACUCACCAGCUGGUAUUGGACUAUUACGAACAAUUUGUCAUCAUAAGCUUGGUAGGGGCCCAGUUGCUAGCUGUCCUGGAAUUAUAGAUGCAUUAUGCAACAUAGCGCGAUCAUCAGAUGACUGGCAAUACAUGGCAAUUGACUGUCUUCUUUGGUUGCUCCAGGAUCCAAGUACCUCUCAUAAGGUCAGUGACAAGGUGGUACCAACACUAAUUGACCUUGCUGAAAUAACUACAUUAGGGGAUCAUAAGAAACUUGGCGAUUCGAUAAUUAACGUUCUUGAAGAAUUUAUUGAAUCACCUGGAACAGGCCGCAACUCAAUAAGUAGUCACCCAAAAGAAGAGAUAGAGGUACUCCUUGCUUCUCGACAAAGAUUAAAAUGGGAAAAGGGCAUGCCUAAAGAGGAUCUUCAUAUCAAGCAUGCUGCGGCUUUAGUGGUUAAACUUGAAGGGAACUCCCUGUUUUCAUCAGGAGAUAUUUCGGGUGCUGCUUCAAAGUAUUCAGAAGCACUGGCUUUGUGCCCAAUGAGGUCAAAGAAAGAAAGGGUAGUUUUGUACAGUAAUCGAGCUCAAUGUCAUCUUCUAUUGCAACAACCAUUGGCUGCUAUAAGCGAUGCUACCCGUGCACUUUGUCUUCAUAAUCCAGUUAAUCGUCAUGCCAGAAGCCUAUGGAGACGAGCACAAGCCUAUGACAUGCUUGGAUUAGCCAAGGAGAGCCUAUUAGAUGCUAUCUUGUUCAUAAACGAGUUUUCCCAAUCCACAGACCCUGAUCUGUCCUUGAGACAAAACAAGGUUCCCGACUAUGCUGAACGUUUAGUUAAGAAACAGAUGCGGGCUGCUUGGUUAUUUAGAGAGGCUGCUAUUAAACAUGGAGGUGUCCAAUGCGAAGGUGAUGCUGGAGAUGCUUGCGGCCAAGAUAGUGAUGAUUCCGAAUGGGAAACAGCUAGUGAAAGUGAUGUAGGAAAUGAUGGGAAGGAUGAAUUGGGAGAUGAUGAUUUUGAAAGGAAAGAUAGGCACAGUAAAGCUUCAAAGAAAGGAGUAGAAUCCUUUUCUAACCGAAUCACACAUUGAAAUGAUGCAGACAUAAAGCACGGAUACAAUUUGCAGCUUAUCGAGGAUGAAGCAUGAUUUAUGGAUGGUCGCCAUCAUGUAUGCGUAAGAACUGGACGCAGAAUUUUGUAACUUAUACAAAGAUGAAUGCAUCAAACAAUUGGUGCCCCUAGUCUUUGUGGUGGUGAAAGAUGCCAACUCUGUCUCUUGUUCCCUUCUGGUUAAGAGUGCAUUUAGAAGUACAUGAGUUUUCUGUCUGGUUUGUUGCUUGAUUUGAAUGUUAUAGUUUUGGUUUAGGAACUGGUCAUGGUCCACAGAUUGUCUGUCUACCUGUUUAGUAUGUAAUUUAUUUCUUAGUUUAUUCUUUUUGCUUCAUGCCCUGAAUUUUGUGUACAUAGAGAUAUGGAAUUUUGAGGACUUUUGGUAUGUGAUUUGGAGUGAGUGGUUUUGGUUUA